AUGUCCGCCAUGUACCCCCGGCGCAAGCCGCUAGGCGCGGGAGUGCGCUUCGACGACGAUCGCGACGUCCCCUCGCCGAGAGCCGACGGAAGCAACAGCUUACCGAGGGCGAGCGCCGCCGUCGACGCGCAGCCCGACGACGGGGGGGCGUUGACGGGCGGGCCGAAGCAGCCGGGGGAGGAAGGCGGAGUGCAAGGCGAGGGCGGUGUGGGGAAGGUGGGGUCGGGGCGGAGCAAGUGGCAGAUGGUGCGGCGGUCGCUGAAAGACAUCAAGGAAGUGGAGCGCGAACUCAAGGACAUGGCGGACACCGCGCGCGCAGGGGCGGCGGCGGACGACGAGGGCGCGAGUGAGGGCGCGGACGACGACGACCUGGAGCGGCUCGCCAAGGACCUCGAAGCGCUGCGCGCCGAGCGCAAGGCGCGGCAGCAGCAGCAGAAGCAGCAGCGCGCGACGAACCUGAUAGGCAACGCGGGCGGACCGCCGCAGUCGGCGGUGCACGUGGACAUGCCGGGCGGCGUGCGGCAGCGCAAGAUGGUGCGGCAGAGUGUGAUCAUGUGCAUGGACCCCAUGUGCAACCGCUGCCCGCCCGAGAUGCACCUCCACAUGCGCAAAAUGAUGGCCGCCGCCGCGCCCGGCGCCAGCGCGGCCGUGACGACGGUGGCGAAGGACUACUCGGGCGAUGGACUGGAUGCUGGACGACGACGGGGACGAGGAUGGCGACGGCGAGGAGGAGCUGCUCGUCACACUGCGCUGCUGCGGCCUCCGAUUCACCUACCCCCCGGCGCUGCCUACUCGCAGCGAGGCAUUGCCACUGUCGGUGUCCGUGCUGCAUUGCCAUUGCCACCACCUUCCCAUCCCUCCCCACCCCUCCCCCUCACAUCCCUCCCAUCGGUCCCAUCCCUCCCCACCCCUCUGCGCCCCUGGCAGCGGCGGCGGCGCUUCCUGCUGCGGCGGUUCUUGGCGGAGCUGUGGCCGCCGCCGCUGCUGCACCCGCACAGCUACUACGUGAAGCUGUGGGUGAAGCUGCAGUUCGGCAUGAUGCUCGCCGCCUUCCUGCUCGACCCCUUCUUCCUCCUCGUCCUCUCCGUCUCCCAGGUACCCGCCCCUCCCUCACCCGGGUACGUGCCCCUCCAUCAGUCAGUCCCCCAUGCCGCACCCCUCUCCCUGCCACUGCAUCACCUCUCCCUUCAGCCCCCAUUCCCCUACCCACUUUCCUCCCCACUUUACUCCCCACUUUCCUCCCCACUUUCCUCCCCACUUUCCCUCCCCACUUUCCUCCCCACUUUCCUCCCCGCUUUCCUCCCCGCUUUCCCUCUCCACUUUCCACUUUCCUCCCCACUUUCCUCCCCACUUUCCUUCUCCACUUUCCACUUUCCUCCCCACUUUCCUCCCCACUUUCCCUCCCCACUUUCCCUCUCCACUUUCCUUCCAUCGCUGCUCUAUCCCAACGAACCCCCUCGUAUCCCCUCCUCCUCACCCCUCUCGCCCGUUCACAACACCUCCCCCCUUCCCCCCGGGUGUGCAUCAGACUCGCAUGAUGUUCAACGCCACGCACGACCAUGUCAAGGAUGGCAACAUAAAGAACUCGAGUGGCGAGAAGGUGAAGCUGGGCGACCUGGUGGUGGACGGCCGCGCCAUCCUCAUCAACUACCUCCGAACGCUCUUCCUUGCCGACCUCCUCGCCCUCAUCCCCCUCCCCCAGGUCCGCCCCUCCCCACCUCCGUUCCGUCCCUCGCCAACUUCGCCCAUCCAUGGGUCCCUCUUUCCCCAGGGCCGCACCUCCCACAAGUCUCACCUCCUUGUGCCGCUCGCUCUGCCCUCGCUCACAUCGUUCCGCUCCCUGCUCUCCUCGCCAUCCCUCCUUCCAUGCCCUCCUCGCCAUCCCUCCUUCCCUAUGCACCCUGCCCCUCCCCUCCUUUGCGCUCCGCUGCUCCUGCCUCACUCCACCAAGCUGUCCCUCUCCUCCCCUCCCAGAUAAUAACAGUGGCGGUGCUGCCGCUCUCGCCCGACAUCAACGUGUCGCAGACGUGGCAGGUGGCGGUGCGCAUCAGCGUGCUGCUGCAGUUUGUGCCGCGCCUCGCGCGCAUGUACCCCAUGCUGUCAGGCCAGGGCAGCCACUCCGUGCUCUUUGAGACCGCCUGGGCCUCCUUCCUGCUCAACCUGGUUGCCUUCUUCAUGGGCUCCAACGUGGUCGGCACGCUCUGGUACCUCCUCACCAUGCAGCGCACCGCCACCUGCCUCGUCAACUCCUGUCUGCCCGACUCCUCGCCGCCCUGCUACCAGUCCUUCCUCAGCUGCCCGGGGGACGGUACACAGGGGUACAGCGAGUGGCGGGCGAACAGUACGAGCAUGUACGACCAGUGUCUGAGCAGCAGCGGCAUCAGCAGCGACUUCUACGGCAUGUACACCACGGGUGUGCGCGUCGUGCAGCUCGGCUCCUUCUUCUCCACCUGGCUCUACUCCCUCAUGUGGGGCUUCCAGCAAAUCAGUACACUAGCAGGCAAUCUGGUGCCGACCACGGAGGUGGGCGAGGUGGUCUUCAUGCUGCUCAUCGUCGCGCUCGGGCUCUUCCUCAUCGGCAACAUGCAGAACUUCCUGCAGUCCCUCAGCCGCAGGUCAGUCAGUCCCUCAGCCGCAGGUCAGUCCCUCACCGCAGGUCAGUCCCUCAGCCGCAGUCAGUUCCCUCAGCCGCAGGUCAGUCCCUCAGGGCCGCAGGUCAGUCCCUCAGCCGCAGGUCAGUCCUCAGCCGCAGGUCAGUCCCUCAGCCCGCAGGUCAGUCCCUCGCCGCAGGUCAGUCCCUCAGCCGCAGGUCAGUCCCUCAGCCGCAGGUCAGUCCCUCAGCCGCAGGUCAGUCCCUCAGCCGCAGGUCAGUCCCUCAGGCCGCAGGUCAGUCCCUCAGGCCGCAGUCAUCCGCAGCGCAGGUCAGUCCCUCAGCCGCAGGUCAGGUCCCUCAGCCGCAGGUCAGUCCCUCAGCCGCAGGUCAGUCCCUCAGCCGCAGGUCAGUCCUCAGACCGCGCAGUCAGUCCCUCAGCCGCAGGUCAGUCCCUCAGCCGCAGGUCAGUCCCUCAGCCGCAGGUCAGGUCCCUCAGCCGCAGGUCAGUCCCUCAGCCGCAGGUCAGUCCCUCAGCCGCAGGUCAGUCCCUCAGAGCCGCAGGUCAGUUCCCUCAGCCGCAGUUCAGUCCCUCAGCCGCAGUGUCAGUCCUCAGACCGCAGGUCAGUCCCUCAGUGCCGCAGGUCAGUGGCCCUCAGCCGCAGGUCAGUCCCUCAUGCCGCAGGGCAGUCCCUCAGCACGCAGGUCAGUCCCUCAGCCGCAGGUCAGUCCCUCAGCCGCAGGUCAGUCCCUCAGCCGCAGGUCAGUCCCUCAGCCGCAGGUCAGUCCCUCAGCCGCAGGUCAGUCCCUCAGCCGCAGGUCAGUCCCUCAGCCGCAGGUCAGUCCCUCAGCCGCAGGUCAGUCCCUCAGCCGCAGGUCAGUCCCCUCAGCCGCAGGUCAGUCCCUCAGCCGCAGUCAGUCCCUCAGCCGCAGGUCAGUCCCUCAGCCGCAGGUCAGUCCCUCAGCCGCAGGUCAGUCCCUCAGCCGCAGGUCAGUCCCCUCAGCCGCAGGUCAGUCCCUCAGCCGCAGGUCAGUCCCUCAGCCGCAGGUCAGGCCCCUCAGCCGCAGGUCAGUCCCUCAGCCGCAGGUCUCGUCCCUCAGCCGCAGGUCAGUCCCUCAGCCGCAGGUCAGUCCCUCAGCCGCAGGUCAGUCCCUCAGCCGCAGGUCAGUCCCUCAGCCGCAGCGUCAGUCCCUCAGCCGCAGGUCAGUCCCCUCAGGCCGCAGGUCAGGUCCCUCAGCCGCAGGUCAGUCCCUCAGCCGCAGGUCAUUCCCCUCAGCGCAGGCAAGGUCCAGUCCCUCAGCCGCAGGAUCAGUCCUCAGCAGCAGGUCCAGUCCCUCAGCCGCAGGUCAGUCCCUCAGCCGCAGGUCAGUCCCUCAGCCGCAGGUCAGUCCCUCAGCCGCAGGUCAGUCCCUCAGCCGCAGGUCAGUCCCUCAGCGCAGGUCAGUCCCUCGCCGCAGGUCAGUCCCUCAGGCCGCAGGUCAGUCCCUCAGCCGCAGGUCAGUCCCUCAGCCGCAGGUCAGUCCCUCAGCCGCAGGUCAGUCCCUCCAGCCGCAGUCCCUCAGCCGCAGGUCAGUCCCUCAGCCGCAGGUCAGGCCCUCAGCCGCAGUCAGUCCCUCAGCCGCAGGUCAGUCCCUCAGCCGCAGGUCAGUCCCUCAGCCGCAGGUCAGUCCCUCAGCCGCAGGUCAGUCCCUCAGCCGCAGGUCAGUCCCUCAGCCGCAGGUCAGUCCCUCAGCCGCAGGUCAGUCCCUCAGCCGCAGGUCAGUCCCUCAGCGCAGGUCAGUCCCUCAGCCGCAGGUCAGUCCCUCAGCCGCAGGUCAGUCCCUCAGCCGCAGGUCAGUCCCCUCAGCCGCAGGUCAGUCCCUCAGCCGCAGGUCAGUCCCUCAGCCCGCAGUCAGUCCCUCAGCCGCAGGUCAGUCCCUCAGCCCGCAGGUCAGUCCCUCAGCCGCAGGUCAGUCCCUCAGCCGCAGGUCAGUCCCUCAGCCGCAGGUCAGUCCCUCAGCCGCAGGUCAGUCCCUCAGCCGCAGGUCAGUCCCUCAGCCGCAGGUCAGUCCCUCAGGCCGCAGGUCAGUCCCUCAGCCGCAGGUCUCUCCACAGCGCCCUCAUGGCCGCAGGUUAG